AUGGCUACAAACGUCUCCGAGCGCAUGCGGAGCUUCAAGAAAGGGAUCGACGUGGACGACAGUCGAAGGCGGCGGGAGGACACGACGGUCCGGAUCCGCAAGAACCGACGGGAAGAGCGACUGAACCAACGGAGACGAAUGAUCGCGACGGCGCACAGUCCAGUGCUGACUCAGGACGCUAGCAUGCCGAGAGCCAGUACAUGUUCCAAAGGAUCGACGAAUACUGUGAAUGUGUCAGAGCUGCCCAAGAUUGCAGCGAUGAUCCAGUCACUGGACCAGAUCGAGGCUUCAAGUGCAGUGUGCAAGUUACGGCGGCUGUUAGCACUUGAGCACGAGCCGCCGAUUCAACAAGUGAUCAACUUGGGUGUUGUCCCACUGCUUGUGGACUUUUUGAGGCGGCAUGACCGACCCGAGAUGCAGUUUGAGGCUGCAUGGGCGCUGACGAAUAUUGCCUCGGGCACGACGGAGCACACGGCAGAAGUGAUCCGAUGCGGCGCGGUUGAGUUGCUGUGUGGACUACUCUUGUCUCCAAAUGAAGAUGUCUGUGAACAGGCUGUGUGGGCAUUAGGAAAUAUCGCUGGCGACUCCCCGCAUUGUCGCGACGUGGUGGUCAAUGCAGGUGCAAUGAUGCCACUACUGGCGGUACUGCGAAAGUCUUCUGGGAAACCCACGAUUUUGCGAAAUGCAGCGUGGACUCUGUCGAACUUUUGUCGUGGGAAGCCCCGGCCUGAGUUUGCGCUGAUCAGUCCAGCGCUUCAGUUGCUGCCGCAUCUGAUUCAUUCUCCAGACAAUGAAGUUGUUGUGGAUGCUUGCUGGGCGCUGUCGUAUUUCUCAGACGGCACGACUGAGACAAUCCAGGCUGUGAUCGAUGCUGGUGUAUGCCGUCGUGUAGUAGACUUGAUGGGCCACACAAAGACUUCGAUUCAGACACCAGCCCUGCGCACGAUUGGUAACAUAGUGACGGGCAACGAGCGGCAGACGCAGUUGAUGCUGGAUCUAGUGGUCCUGCCGCGAUUAGUGCAGCUACUCAAGCACGAGAAGAAGCUCAUCCGCAAAGAAGCGUGCUGGGCGAUUUCAAACAUCACUGCCGGUUCUGCAAGUCAGAUUCAGGAAGUGAUCGAUGCCAAUGUGAUCCCACCGCUGCUGUUUCAACUGAUGGCUACAGAGUUGGACGUCCGGAAAGAAGCUGCAUGGGCCAUUUCGAACGCCACUUCCGGCGGGACGACCAAGCAGAUCAAUUGUUUAGUACAGCAAGGCUGUAUUCCACCAUUAGUGAAGCUUUUGGGCGUACAGGAUCCGCGUGUAGUGAACGUAUCAUUAGACGCUCUGGAAAACAUCCUUCGGGCAGGUGAGGCCGAUAUGUCGCUGGCUGACACUGAAAAUCGCAUGGCCCGUUACAUCGAGGAAGCAGAUGGCAUUGAGUUGAUUCAGAAUCUGCAAUUACACCAAGAAGAAGACAUCUAUGAGAAAUCCGUGCGUAUCAUCCGCGACUAUUUCGAUGGCGAAGACGAGGAGGAUUUCGACAUUGCGCCUGACUUGGACUACGGUUCCCAUCGAUAUACAUUCGGAGUGGAUGGCGAAGCUGCAAGGACAUCCGCAGAUGGCGACAGCUUCCACUUCAGCUUCUAG